AUGGUGGUGACUAAACUAUCUAAACUUAAAACGACAGUGCCCAUUAACUCCAGAUUUUUUCUCCGAUCAAACAAUGGUAUACGACACAGCGGUUUGCCAUCUCAUCCGGCUGCAUUAAGAGCAUUGCAUUAUUCAAACACCUUCUCAAUUCAAAGACUUCACUCCAUGCAAGGACUCAAUUACUCCUUCUAUAAGUAUUUUAGCAAUGGAAGUAAUAUAAAACCAAACGAAUCAGAAAAGAACCAACGACUUGCCCAAUCCACCAACAUUUUCCAAAGAUUCCAGAUUAAUACGAGAUGGAUACUGAAAAAGUCAAUGCGACCCUUUAAUGCAGACGAUAUAAGUGCAUUUAUAUCAUGGGUUCUUGUUAGUAACGUUAUCAUUUUCAUUAUAUGGACAACUACUUUUGUUUCAUUAGUGAUCUAUCUAUUUAAUACUUUCUCCACGCAAGAUUACUUAGUGAAAAAAAUAGGGUCAUUAUUAACAAGAGGUACCACUUUAUCUGUUGUUUUUGAAAACGCUAUUGUCCCGGAGUGGUCGUCGGGGAAGAUCACAUUUAAUAAAGUGUUUGUUUCAAGAAGACCUAAAUUGCUUCAUAGUUUUACUAAGGGUUCACAACGUGAUGCUGUUGAAAGGGCCAACUUAGCAUUGAGCGAGCAACAAUUGUUAUUAACCGCCAGUGACUUUGAUGAUGGAAACUAUACACAAUUUGAUCUAACCAUCGAUAAAGUAGAAAUAUCUCUUAACUUUAGCAAAUGGCUGAAUGGGAAGGGGUUUUUGGAAGAGGUUAGUAUUAAUGGAUUAAGAGGGGUAGUUGAUAGGACACACGUUGUGUGGAAGCAGAACGAUGAUCCUAGGAACUAUAAGAAUAUUUACCAAUUAGGUGACUUUGAGAUUUCAAGGUUCAAGAUGAAUGAUGUUCUUUUCACUUUGUAUCAACCAAAUCAAUUUAGACCCUUCCAGGUCAGCAUUUUUAACUGUGAUCUUCCUCAAUUGCGGAAACAUUGGUUAUUUUAUGACAUUUUAAAUGCUAAUAGUGUAAGUGGUGCAUAUGAUAACUCAAUGUUUACAAUCCAUAGAACUCUCCAGAACAAUCAUCACCAAUUCUUAGAAUCUGAGCCGCCAGAAUUACAACCCACUGCGUUGUCAUUAUCCCCUUGGAAAAAAAUAACAAGGCUACGUGUUGAUAACUUAGACAUUGACCAUCUAAAUAGAGGAAUCGAAGGACCAUUUGGUUGGAUCACAGAGGGUCAGGUUGACAUGAUAGGUGAUGUGUUAUUACCAGAUAAAGAAGCGGAUAAAUCUCAACUAGCGGAAAUAAUCACCGAGAUUGGAGAUCGAUUAAUCAAGGAGGCUAAAAGAUUAUCGACACCUUCAGAUAUUGAUAUUUCUCCCGAUGUCUCUAAUCUAGACCCGGAUCAUUAUUUUAUUAUGAACUUUUUUCUCACACUAAAAAAUGUGAAGGCAGAAGUCCCAUUAUUUCCCUCGGAGUUAAAUUAUAUUAAUGGGACACUCAUCCGACCUAUUGUUGGCUAUAUCAAUUCUAGAAGAACAUAUAUUCCAAUUCAAUGCAGAGUAGUGAAAAAUGUAGCGGACUUUGAAGGGUCAUGGACCAUCUAUGACUCAUAUUUAAUGAGAGACUUGAGUGCGGAGGUAUAUGAUGCUUUUGCAAAGUAUGUGGCCGAUCAAGAACAAACACGAGCCCGAUUGAAGAGAGUAAGUUUUUGGUCCCUUCAAGUAAUAAUUCAAAUGAUACUCAUGAGCAUAGGAACCAUUGCAUAG